AUGUCCUCGAAGAAACCAAGUAAACCAAUAAGACAAGAUUACAUCGCCAAGGUACGAUACAGAAACAACCUUCCUCCGCCACCGGUCAAUCCGAAGUUGCUCAAGUACAACUUGACAGAACUGGUGUCGACUAAGACUGAGAGUGAACAGUUGAUGCUGUCGUUGUUUCGGAAGGAAAACUUCAAGAGUCUUAUAGGAGAAAUAGAUGAUGAAUUUGGAAUGAACUUGAACUUGAUCAACAACACGGGAUUUUUAGACAAGGGCGAUCAUGAUGUGAUCUUUGAAAGGAAGACACCAUCGUCAUUACAUCCCAGUGAUAGAAUGUUACUUAGAGAUGCGGGCAUAAGUAAGAUCUCCAAAUCGGAACCCGGAGUUGCAUUCCUUAGAAGAACAGAGUAUAUUUCUGAGAAGAACGUCUCUAAGUCUUCAGGGUUGGACGUCAACAAGAAGAAACUGAACACCAAUGAAACCGAUCCUGAUUCUCAAUUGAAGGUGAUUGAAAAUAUGUUUGAACAAGCACAAGAGACAUUGAAUGACUUGACCAAAUUAAAGCACCCCAAGAAGAAACUGUUGAAGGCUGUGAGUACUUGGCCAUUAUUACCAGAUACUUCUAUGAUGGACUCUAAAUUUCUUGCGCUUAAGUUCACUGGGAGUGCAUCUCUUUCCAGAGACUUGCAAUUAUUGAAGAGACAACGUGGUUCUAAGUUCGAUGAAGAGUACGAGAAGACUUCCUUAAGAUCAGCCAUUUUUAAACCCAUUACUAGUGAAGACGGGGAAUGGAUUUCAAUGUACCAAUAUCGAGAUUAUAAUGAUAAGACAAGAGCUGAAAAAUUGAAAGACAGGUUGAAUUCCACAGAACCAGAGAAACCCAUUAAUCUUUUGGAUGAAGAUGAAGAAUUUGUGGAUGAAUAUAAAUUCAAAUUUGCAAAGAACUAUGAUAUGAAUUAUCAUAAGUUCCCUGAAGAAAAUACCGAAUUAAGUGUUAAGUUCAUUCCUUCAAAGGAAAACCCCAAAAAGAGAACAAUGGCAUAUUACUAUCCUGUCAACGGAAGAAUUGAAUUGAAGAAACAUAGAGAUUCCACUAAUACCGAGAUUAAUAAGUUCCUUAAGAAUAACACGGUUGACGUGGUGAACUUCAAGUUAAGAGAACCAACCACCAACGAGCUUAAGAAAAUGGAUAUCUUCAGAUCAGAGUACGAUCCUAUGGAAUAUGAAGGUGAAGAAGAUGUUGAAGAGAAUAAUGAACAUGAAGGAGAGGAAGAGGAGGAGGAAGCGGAGGAAGAAGAAGAAGAAGAAGAACAAUGA